AUGGCGCAAUCAGCAGCAUCUUCGUUCGACGACUUUCAAAAACUGCACAACACACUGAUAGAUCCCCAUGGCCCAAAUCUAGCGGUGCUGGCGGAAGAGCUGGAAUCACGCACUGCAGAACUGAAGAAGUUGCUCGAGGUUCCACCCAAGAAUGAUGCCAGUCGAACGAAGAUCAAGUCCGGAAAACUGGAGAUUAAUGGAGGAGAAUACAAGAUCAACGAGCAGUUUAUCCAGGAGGCGACACAGCUGUCAGAUGACUUCAACAUGGAUGAGGUAGAGGCAGCACGGCUGUUAUUUAGGGGAUCUGAGGAGAAGCAAAAGCUAGAUCGGUCGGCCUUCCAAAGCGCCGUCUUUCUCUACCAUACUCGUCGACAAAACCUUCUAGAAUGCUUACGACUAAUACUCUCCUACGCGUUCAACGAUAAUACAGAUCCUGAACUACGAGAGUUGGCCAAGGACACGGUUGAUGUGCUAUCUCCACUCAAGACUUGUGGGCAAACGUUUGCCGAGAGGUGUAUUUCAGCGAUGGGGUCGGUGCGGCAAUCUGUGGAGCAGUUGAGGGCGAAGGAGAAACAUGAUCAUACGCUUGGGCUAGAGAGUACCCCAAGUAAUAAAGAGGAGUUAGAGAUGCACGUCCGGUUCCUAAUGAAUCAGCAUGAAGCCCUUGCAUCUAGUGUUUACUACUUGGUCAAACUGAAGCGGGCCACAGUCUCAGAUUUCAAGGCUCUACUCAACACCGUCAAGACCUUUGAGAAACAUGACACAUUCACCCUUCAUCACAUGCUUCCAUUGUACGCCUUCAUCACUAUGCUCUGCGAGACUGAUUCACCUCUGAGCUUUGAGGAGACUAUCCAACUUCAUAAAGAGAUGUUGAGUAACUAUAAAUCAUCACCAUGGCCGCUAAAAUAUAUUCACGCAUCCGUCAAUAUAUUGUGGAUAAGCGAAUUUAAUGGACUCUGCAAUGAUCCUCCAACCAUCGAUGCGCCAAGUCUUCAAAAACUAGACUACAUGACCGAUAUAUUUGAGCCAUCAAAAGAGGCGUUGGAGCAGGGUGCAUUUGAAUUCUUACUUGCGGUGUGCGCGGACGUUAGUGCCGGGUGGGCCCUCAACGCAGCAAAAGAGGAUUUGCACCGAUUUUUACAGACUCGAGUACCGCCAGUCGAUCACCGUGGUCAUAUAUCAGUACCUUUCAGGUCAUUAAUGAUCAAUCAGAUAGAAAUUUUUGUGGACAGUUUCAUCUCAAACAUGGCAGAUGUAUUGAAAGAUAUCAAGACGCGGGAGGAAGAGGACGUAUUGUUAGGGCGGAAGACUUUGGGGUAUGAGCUAGAGAGAUUUUUCCUUAUCAUUCAUUAUGCAUAUUUGGGGCGACGAGACGCCGGAAUGGUAUUUUGGAGUGAUCCAGAAAGCAAUUUGCACGGGUUUAUCUCUUGGGCAUCGAUGAGGCAAACACCGUUUAUGGCGGCUACCUUCAGCUUUAUGCUAGCUUCAUUAUCGUUAGGCAAAGUUGCCGCCGAACACACCCACAGAUUUCUUCUUGACGAGGCCAACCCCGGUAGCACGAAAAGGAGGACAACCUAUCUGUCGUGGGAUUACAUCUUCAAACAAUUUCAACUGUAUAUUGGCCAGUUAGAAAAGAGAUCACAGCAGUUAGUCCCAGCGAAUGCCUUCAGGCCUCCCCUCCCGCCGCCAAUUGAAACUACGGAGCCUGCACCUGAAUUGAGUAUGAUGCUGGACGGAUUCAUGCGGCUAAUCUCUCAAAUUGUACAAGAAUGUCCGGAUGCCAGAAAUUGGCUACUUCAUGAGAGCCCCUUCAGAAUUGUCCCUGCUCUGUUUGAGCUUCUCGGGUUACAAGCGUCAAUCCAACUGUGGGAUUCUAUUUUUUCAACCAUCACUGCUUUCUUGACUGAGAAGACUGAAGUUAUUAAUGGCGAAAUAUGGAAAGCAAUUGACGAUUGGGCUCUUGGAGCUGCUCCCCCAACUACCGCUCUACAACUCGGCGUCAUCCCUGGAAAAGCCUUCGCCCAAGCUGGGUCUGAGAAACUUGACGCAGUAGUUACUUCGGUCCAUCCUGCGGAGGCCUUUGUGCGUCUGCUUGCCACUUUGGUUUCGCCGGCAUUUCAUGACCAGCUUAAAGACGCUCUACCAUUUCCCGAAAACCUUGGUAGCAUGAAUCGGUUAUCCGGGAUCGACCCAUACGUCGAUUUUAUUUUGGGAACGAUUUUCUCAAGUACCACGGUGCAGAAUCUUCCUCCCGACCUUGUACUUCCGGUAGACAAGCAAGAUAUCCCAAGCGAAAGGUUGACCCGCUCACAGUACCGGAGUUUUCGUCCAGCGCUCCAAUCUAGCUGCUUGACUUUUAUUCAUACUUGUCUUGCAACAUUUAACGAAGAUCUUCUCAUUAUCGCGAGCUCCAACAUUUCUCUUGAUUCUGCGAUGAAAUCAUCUUCCCUUGAGACCUAUGCAAAGCUGCAUCCAUUUGCCAGGGUCAUGGAACAUAUCCUUACUGAGAAGUGCUUUAACGUUUUCUACGAAAUCUUGAAGCUCGGCGUUGAGGAUCUACAAGCCACGGACGUACCAUUUCCUCUCGUUGAAUUAGUCAUCAACAUUUUGGAUCUUGCGUUGCAAAUGCAGACAACAUUUUUUGAGUUUGUUCGUCCUUUAGUCAAGCGUGACGACGGCAUGCGAAAGGUGAACGUAACUUCUAACGGAUACGGGUCCAUUGAAGAAGCGGUCCUACACCAUUUGGAUAUCGCAGUGUUUUUAGGACUGUUUGUGGGGAGUGCCAACCAGGAUAUCACCAUGGCUGCUUUGAGCCUCCUUGAAAGGCUUUCCACACGGCCAAAAUUGGUAUCAACGGCAGGGCCAUCACAUACGUUUGGGCGGAAAAUAGGCAGGAAUCGUCUCCUAGGGAUUAUCGAGUCAAGUCCGGAGUCUCGUCGGAUUUUGUUCAAUUUUAUUCACCAAUGGGAUGCGGAUGUUGAUGAUGAGAGCCCAGACAUGCGGUACCCACUUAAAUUUGGUAUAUUAAAAUUGCUUAAUAGCAGUUUAUCGGAACAACCAAAUGAGUAUACCCUUGCUCACUUCUUACUUGGAUUCGGAUACGACGAACAAGACGGCAUUAGUCUUAGUGUUGAAGAUGGAGGCAUUGGAUCUGGAAUUGCUCUUCUUCAUAGUAUUUUGGCGGUUGUGGAUGAUGUUGCUGUAUCGGAUGAUGAAGGCAUGGCUUUUGAUGGAGCUCUGUGCCAGCUGAAGAAUGAGUGUUUCACUGUAUUCAAACGGCUGUGGAAAGCGUCUUCCACAUCAAGUGAAAUGCUUUAUGUUCUUCGAGCUAACAAACUCUUGUUUUCUCAGUUCAUGGGGGAGCAGAUCCUUAGAACGACUAGCAAGUGGGAUGGUGUUCAAUUUGGUUGCCUAGAGUUCUUCCAAGAGGGUAAGGCUUUAGGGCUUUGCAAUUACAUUGGAAGACGGGCCUCAUUAUUCAAUUAUAUUGCGCUGGAAAUCCGACAAUUGGCCGCUCAAGGGGCCUCAACAAUGGUCUCAAAAUAUCUUUCAACACUGCUUGGAGUAACAAAUCUCGAUGGGGACCCAAUGCAAAAUAUCCACAUUAUUGACCUUCUCGACUUCUUGGAACUAGAAGCGCCUGAAGCCCUACCAAUUCCAAAAAUUACCUAUUUCCAUGACCUCAACCUUGCAACAUUUCAACUAAAUGACCAAUUCGGCAAUCCGUCGUUUCACCUACCAAAUAUUGAACAAGUUCUACUGCUACGUAAGCAAGAGUUACUGACCUCAGGGACUGUACACCCUCAUGACGAAGAUGUGGUCCAAGCUGAACUCGCUGAAAUUUUAAAUUACCUAUUUGCCGAGAACCAGCUCCGUUACUACAGAGGCGCAAGACUUGAGUGUUUAAAGUCUUGGGCAACGCUAGUUGCUGUCAUGUUGGAAGAUUGUGAAUUCGAACCGGCGGCAAAAACCUCGUUUCUGCUACAGGCAUUGCAGGCUAUCAUGCCGAAGGUCGAGUCGUACAGCAGCAGCGAUAUUGAGAGUGCUCAUGUACUCAGUUCGUUGACACAUUCUCUGAUCACUCAUCUCAGGUUCGACAUCAAGACUUUCGGCAAAGGCCGGUCAAGCGACUUGGCAAGUGAUCGAAUUUACGACCUUUUCCGAGUUUCAUUAAGGUGCAUCCAGUCACCAAUGGCGACAGCAAGGCUACGCGAAGACUUUUAUAACAUCGCAUAUCGGUCCCUGCAGGGCACAUCGGACCUUCUACAGCAAGGAAGCGCUACCCGCAGUCACAAUAUCCAAACGAUCAAGGCGUCCGGUGACCGCUUGUUGGAGGUUUUGUGCAACGAUGCCUACUCAGGUGAGGGACAGUGCAAGAUAGUUGCACUGUUACUUCUGGAGGCACUUGUUGCACUUGCUGCAGCUGAGUCAUCGCAUUACGUGGUUGAUGCUUUGAUGCGACAGAAUUUCUUGGUAGUGCUCGUGGAUUCAACAAAACAAAUCCGCACGGACCUAGUGACCACCAACUCUAAUGACAUCCCUUACUUGAUGCGUUCUUUCAAGGCAACCACUGGCUUCCUCGUCCGAAUUGCACAGACUAGAGUCGGUGCAGGCCAUAUCAUUAAUGCUGGUCUCUUCAAAGCCCUUCGCGAGAGCAAGCUCUUCUCUGUUGAUCCUGACCUUGGGGUCGGAAUUAACGACCCCAAGGCUCUUGAGAAAUACUAUGAGCUUCUUACACAUGCUACGCGUGUUGUCGUCGCCUGUAUUCUUUCCAGAGGCCAGGCCAAUCGCCAGGCAAUAACCGCAGGAAAACAAUUCUUGAUGGAAAACCGGCCUGUCGUACUGUCGGUGUUUAAGAGGCAUGCCAACAUUGGAGGUCCACGAAUGGAAAAUACCAAAGACAUGAAUGAGUUGGUAGGAAUGUUUGUGUUGUUGAUUGCGUUAACGGAUUUCGUUGAGUACGAAGAGAGUCUGCCGAUACAUGCGUAG